AUGAUAACCAACCUAAUAUUGCUUGUGCUAGUAUACGCGGCGCAACGAGUGGCAUCUUUGCCACAGCAACAGAUACUCACCUCGAAAAUCGCCCCCAAAUGCGUCAUCGUUUCGAUGUUUCAACCAGAACAAGAAUCAUGGACCAAAGAAAUCGACUUCCCCCACACUUUCCAACUUCCCGGACUCCAUCCACUCUACCCCAACUUCAUCUGCACCGGCGACCACUCCGUGUGCCAAGUCACCACGGGCGAAGGCGAGAUCAACGCAGCGACAACGAUAGCGUUCCUCAUCUCCAACCCCCAAUUUGACUUCCGCAAAACGUAUUGGCUCUUCGCGGGCAUCGCGGGCGGUGACCCCGCCCGGAUCACCACUGGUAGUGUCGCGUUUGCGCAGUACGCAGUACAAGUGGGCUUAUCCUACCAGAUCGAUUCUCGCGAGGUAUCCGAGUGGGACACGGGCUAUUUCAGCUACGGCACGCGCCAGCCGCACGAGUACCCCGACUCCGUUUACGGCACGGAGGUGUUUGAGUUGAACCGCAACUUGCGCGAUCGUGCCAUGACGCUCGCUUCACAUACAGUAUUGAAAGUGGGCGAUGAUGAAAAUUGCAAGUUGAGAGAAUUGUACGUGGGUGAAGUCGCGAGUGGUAUGCCUCGGGUGGCAGCGUGUGAUGUCUUGACUAGCGAUAACUAUUUCACGGGCGCGGUGUUGAAUGAUGCAUUUGGGAAGUAUGCGGCGUUGAUCACGAACGGCACCGCAAAGUACUGUGCUGCGGCGCAGGAGGAGAAUGGGAGUCUCGAGGCGAUGAUCCGGGGUGCUCAAGUGGGCACGGUGGAUUUCGGUCGUGUUGUUGUUAUGCGGUCCAUUUCCAACUUCGUCCGAAUGCCGCGGGGCUUGAACGUUAGUGCCGUGGAGUGGUUCAAUGAGUUUCCCAAGGGCGGGUACGAGCACGCGUUGCGGAAUUUGUACGUUGCUGGGUGGCCAUUUGUGCUGGAUGUAGUGGGAAGAUGGACCACGCUAUAUGAAAAGGGGAUUCAGCUGGAGAACUACUUGGGUGAUAUCUUGGGCACGUUGGGCGGUGUCCGUGAUUUCGGCAAGGACAGCUACAAGAUUACAUGA